GAUUUCCAUGGGAGAGUUUCGCACGCGACCGACCAGCGGCCAACAACCAAGUGCAAAGUGCCAUUCCGGGACAGAGGGAAAUUCUGUGCAGUAGAAGCGGCCAGAGGGAAUCUAGAGGGGAAUCCAGAAGGGAACGAGAUCGCAAGAGGGAGAAAUUCUGCUGAAAAAGAUGGUCCAACGCUGCAGUUUGCUGUUUGUGGCAGCACUGAUGAUGGUGAGCCAAGUGAGCCAGGCCCACUUCCCGGAAUACUGUGCCGAGUGCGAGCAGGAGGUGUGGGAGCAGGUGCCCUGCAGUGAGGUGCCCACCACACCGGCAACGCCCACAACUCCCAGGACGACCUUGGGAACGACGGCCAGACCGCCCACAACCUUGGUGCCGAGCACAACCACUGCAUUGCCCAUAACCACCAGUGACCCGAAUAUACCCACCACAGAGCCACCAUCCGCCUACAAGAAAUGCUACUGCGAGUGCAAGCUCGGCUGCAAGGAGUUCUGCCGCAAGGUGGUGGCCUCCAAUCCCAAGCAGCCCCUGACCCAGAUCUCCUCCAUUGGAGAAUACGUUUCCGGUGGCCAGGUGGAGUUCACACAUGUGCACCAGCGCAAGUACUUCCCCAAGUACGCGGGCGAAGGCUACUCCGGAUCCGUAGGUGGCCCCAAGGCCUACAAGCCGCCAUAUCCUUUGGUCUACGAGAGGGAAGGAGCUGAGGCUUCUCCGGCUUCCAUUCCCUCGGUGGCAUCGCCAUCGGUGGCCAGCAUAGCUGCUCCCAACUACACGCUCGAGGAGUUGGCUCAGCUCCUGAGCAACGCCUAUGGCAGCAAGAAGGGUUAUCCAUCAUCGGCUCCAUCAAGACCUCAGUUGCAGCCAGCUCCUCCUUCGCCCUCCGUUUACUACUCGCCGGUGUACAGGCAGGGUCCUGUGGAGCCCAUCCUGAGCAAGGUCCUGCCAGCACCCAAGCGUACCUCCAGCAUCAAGUUUGCUGCGGCGGCAGUGGCAGCCUCCGAUGGCGUUUCGGUGGCAAAGAUCAAGACGCCUUACGAGGAGAAGGUGGUGGUGGCCACACCAUCGACCAUUUACGACAGAACCACCUCGUAUCCCAUCAUAGAGGAGGUGCAGAAGGUGUACUCUGCCCCGCAAACAGAGUCGUAUGCGAGCCAAACGGAGGCUUAUCCGAAUGUGACUCCCAUCUACCCAAGUCCCACCGAGUCCUAUCCCAACCACAAGGAGUCCUAUCCCAGCAUCACAGAGUCGUAUCCCAGCCAGACCGAAUCCUAUCCCAGCAUCACGGAAUCCUAUCAGUCCCCGCAGCCGCAGGCCAAGUCUUACGGCAGUCUGGAGUCUGGAGCGGAUAAGCCAUCGUCCACUUUUGACCUGGCCAUAGAUAACUAUCUGAAGGACUUUGGGUAUGGCAACCAGGGAAGGGGCUAUGGGGACUAUUGAGUGCGUUUGAUGGAGAUGGAAGAUCCCCUCGUUGUUGUUAGGUUUAGGUUCUAUGAAUAUUUAAUUAUUUAUUUUAGUUAUAAAUCAUAACUAAUUAGAGACAUUAAAGAUGAUUAAAUUAUUGCAAAAUGA